GUCUUCUUCUUUCACACGACACGAGCUGUGUCAGGUCUCUCCGGACGAGUGCACAAUGGCGGCAGCAGCAGCCACAAGUUCGCAGCAUGUCAACAGCCAACAGCAUCCCGACAUGUUGUCUUGCAGCCGAUCCCAAACAAAACGUCAGCAAGGGCACCAUAUCAAUCCAGCAUCUCUCGAAAUAGCACAGCACGUUUCGCCGCCUCAAGCAAUCAUCGUCCAGCAUUCGGACAGAGUGCACCACCCAUCGCCUCAUCGCGCACCUGCGGCCGUGGAACGUUGCUCCAGCCGACCCCUCGUCCCACGCAUACCUGUGGAGAGGGAUGCCAUGACUUCCCGCCUUUGCCCCCCUCCUCAACCACGCACACACAUACUAUUUGGAGCUUGGAUCUGCAACAAUCCGCUUCCCGGAGUCUUCGAAAGAGGGGACGCUGGCGGUGGCAAAACAACAAUGCAUCGCAGACAGCUGCCAUCCGAUGACGGGAUGGUCAGGCUGUUGGACGACGAGGCUCUUGCAGGCAGUCAAGCGCCCGCUCAGAUGCUGGCGUCCCGAUUUUGCGAGCCUAGUGGAUCCAUCCGUCUUGGGACCGAACCCUGUACAGCUUCAAGUUGCGCUAGUGCGCCCAUCGCCGAGUGCUUGCAAGGUCUCGGUGGUAAAAGCUGCGUUGCCGGUUUGGACUUGGUCGACAACGAAGAACGCCGACUUGGCCAUGCAAAGAACGCCGUUGGCGCGCUCGGCACGCAUUGGAAGUCGACUAACAGACAAGGCAACCCAGUAUUGGAAAUGACCUGGUGCAUGAUCGUAACCACACUGUUCGCUCGCACCUCUGGCAAUCGCUCACCUGCCUGUCCGCCACCCGUUAGGCUGGGUGGGCUGGGUGGCCGGGCAGAAGACAGGCGGCCUUGGUCUUCACCUCCGUAUCGCUUUAGUUGGCUGAUUGACGGCGGCUCUCUGACAUCGUCGGUGCCCUUGGCUUGAUUCCUGUCGUUGCGAGGCUGCUCAACUCGAGGCUCAAUAAGACAGGCGCUGCAGAUCCGGAAGCUGUUCUCCC